AUGGCUUCACUUUUCCUUUCAUCCUUAGUGAUUCUUCUGUUUGCUGUUUCCGCCACAGAAUCAGCUGUUGCAGAUGUUAUUCCUGUUCAUGCCUUUCAGAAAACUUCAAACCAUGCUCAUGUUUAUCCCUUAAACAUGCCUUCUAUUCCAGAAGAAAGUGCUACGCUAGAAAGGUUUGCACCACCUUCGGGAGUAAAUGAUAUUUCAGCUCAAGAUAAUGUUUAUCCCUUAAAUAUGCCUUCUAUUCCAGAAGAAAGUGUUAUGCCAGAAGGGUUUGCACCACCUUCUGGAGUUAAUGAUAUUUCAGCUCAAGGUAAUGUUUAUCCCUUAAACAUGCCUUCUAUUCCAGAAAGUGCUAUUCCAGAUAGUAGAGUGCCACCUUCUCCACGCCAUGCUAUUCAAGGUUCAAGGAAGAUCAAGAUUUUAGUUUAA